UUGGGCGGGGGAGGGAAGCGGCGGCGGCGGCCGGGCUUGCGGCCCCUCCUGCUCCUGCUGGUGCGGCGGUGGCGGCCCGAGGCGGCGCCCAUGGCCGGGCAGUUCGACGCGGAGGACCAGGCGAGCUGGUACUGGGGCCGCCUGAACCGGGUCGAGGCGGUGGGGCUCCUGCAGGGGCAGCGCCACGGCACCUUCCUGGUGCGGGACUCCAGCAGCAUCCCCGGAGACUUCGUCCUCUCCGUCUCCGAGAGUUCCCGCGUCUCCCACUACAUCGUCAACAGCCAAGGGUCAAAUAAUCCUCCUAGGUUUCGAAUAGGGGACCAAGAGUUUGACUCCCUGCCAGCUUUACUGGAGUUCUACAAAAUACACUACUUGGACACUACAACCUUGAUAGAACCUGUUUCAAAAUCCAAACAUAACAGUGAUGUGCAGCUGAGGCAGGAAGAGGCUGAGUAUGUGCGUGCUCUCUUUGACUUUAAUGGCAAUGAUGAGGAAGAUCUUCCAUUUAAAAAAGGAGACAUACUGAGAAUCCGGGAAAAGCCUGAAGAGCAGUGGUGGAAUGCAGAAGACAGCGAAGGCAAGCGAGGGAUGAUCCCUGUUCCAUACGUCGAGAAGUAUAGACCUUCCUCUGCUUCAGUAUCUGCUCCGAUUGGAGGUAACCAGGAUAGUGCGCUCCCACAGCCACUGGGUGGGCCGGAGCCAGGUCCCUAUGCCCAGCCCAGCAUCAACACUCCGCUCCCCAACCUCCAGAAUGGCCCCAUAUUUGCCCGGGUUAUCCAGAAGCGGGUCCCUAAUGCCUACGACAAGACAGCCUUGGCUUUGGAGGUCGGUGAGCUGGUAAAGGUCACCAAGAUUAACAUGAGUGGCCAGUGGGAAGGAGAGUGCAAUGGCAGGAGAGGACACUUCCCGUUCACGCAUGUCCGGCUGCUCGAUCAACAGAAUCCCGAGGAAGACUUCAGCUGAGUAUAGCUCAACGAUUCUGCUUACAGAUGGGAACAAACACACUGUGUUCCACUGCAGCUGUCAUAGACUGUUCCUAGAUGUCAAAAGCAGUGUUGCUUCCGCAAGACAUUGAUAUAGUUGAAAUAUCCCUGGGACCCGACACUUAAAAGAGGCUUGUGUUUUCAGGGUACGAAACUCAAUGGCUUCUGUGCCAAAAGUGGCACAUAAGGAUAGGUGAAUCAGAGACAUUACUUCCUCCUCCCCUCCCCUCCUCCCUGCUGGAAGUAGGAUUUGGCCUCCUCAAGAGGGUUCUUGAGUAUGGCUUUACCAGUCCCAUUGCUUUGUCUGUAGGCAGCAAACCUGAAUGGUUAAGUAGGAAGCUCACAAUUUGCUAACCCAAGAAAAUUCCUCUUUGGAUUUGACUUGCAACUCCUGCAUCAUAACUGCUUGUUGCAUAAUGAGUACAAUUUGCACAUUGCGGGUGACUUUUUACACAUACUAUUUUGAUACUGGGGUAGCUGUUGCAUAACUACCAUCAUUUGAAUGGGUUAGCUAUUGUAUAACUAUUCUACGUUUUGGCUAUUCCC